CUCGCCCAGGAUCCUGGGUCCCGCCAAAAUUCCCGUUGACAAGCUUCUUUCUUUCUUCCUUCGGCCCUGCUCCCCCACCGCCGCCGUUGAUCGCUUUUCAUACCGAUCGCAGUCCUCCUUCCCCUGCUUUUCCUAAUACAGCCAGGACCUAGCCUUGAUCCCUUCCUUGUCUUGUGGUCGAGAGCCGCAUGGUCGUGCCUCAUCACCCCGCCAUCGACGAGAUACGGUCGAAGCUUUCUUACCACCAAUACAAGCAGUACAUGCCUACCUCUGCAUUUUAGCGACGCCCCAUUCAGCCCCCCUAAUCCAACCAGACGACCUUUUAAGCCCGACCAAGCACGGCUUCGAAAAUCCAAUCGGGACUCGUACAGGACGUAGAGACUGAGGACGGACUUGGAUGCACUCGGUGCGCGGCGUUGUCCAAUUCUAUAACUUGACGAGACUCGCCCUUGCACCCUGGGUCGGGCGUUUACCUACCUACAGUACCUACCUACCUACACCUAGGUAGCCUUCACCUUGCAUUAAUUACAGACCGGAUACACGGUAUUACGGUCUGCCGGUCUAGCCCACUCAGCUACCCCAGACGGACCUCCACGCGAAAGACGGGCACUCGGGCCUGUCCUGUCGAUGCAGACUCACUAGUGUACUGGCGGCAUUGCUGUGCUGGACUGCUGGUGCAUUCAACUCAAGACUGAUCCAGUCGGACGAGCACUCGUCAUUCUGAUUCGCCCAAUUGGUGCAAACACCGACCGACCACAGAGCGUCCCCCUAGUCCUAGUAGCCUCCUGCCGCUCCCGCUGGCCGCACCCGCACCCGCGCACCGUACCAUCUCCCGCCGCCCGCCGCACCCUCCUCUCACCACCGCCAAAAAGUAGUUUCCCCAUCCCAACACCUCUCCGACCCAAGAAGGUGCAACAACACUGCGAGACCAGUGACCCUCACUGGGACCCCGACCGCAGGCAAGCAUGGAGAACCGACCGGCUUCCGCGAAGCCCGCGACCACAGCCUCGACCCCCUCGCAGUCGUCGACGCCCGACGUCAAGUCCCCCGCGACCCGUCCUCUCUACAGCAGCAAGCUCGGCGACCAGCGAGCAAGGACAUCAGACGCGGUGCCGGCCACUUUGGCCAGCCAGCAGAACAGACAGUCUGCCCCUCCUGUCCAGCAAAAGGCCUGGACUUCGGCCAAGAACCCCAUCACCGGCCAGUCCGCCAGACCGCAGAACAACUUCAGCUCACAGGACAAGAAAUCCGUGACCAGCUCCCUUCGCGAGGGCCAACGAGUACGCAUUACCCUCGCUAACGGCUCCGAGUUCGAGGGUACUUAUGCCAACACCCAAGACCCCAACACCUGCCGCCUGACUACGGUAACGCAGAAGAAGCUGCCCAACUCGGCCGAAAUGAACGGAGCUUCUAGAAAGGAGCAAGGAACCAUGACGUUUCAGAAGAAGGAGAUCGUUGACGCGCGUCCUCUCCUGGUCAACAACCUUGGCAAAUCAGACGGCAAGCCUACCAACGGCAACCGCGCGUCCUUCCGUACUGACGCUGCCAUCUCCAACUCUCGCUUCGGAAAUGAGCGGACUCUGCACCGCUGGGUGCCCGAUUCUACCGACGGGCUUGAUGAUAGCUUAGAGAAGACCAACACUUCUGGUACCUGGGAUCAGUUUGCUGCGAAUGAGCGCCUCUUCGGCCUCAAGACCGAUUAUGAUGAGAACAUCUAUACCACGACGAUCGACAAGAGUCACCCUCAGUACAAGGAGCGGAUGGCCGCUGCGGAACGUAAGGCACGCGAGAUUGAGCGAAGCGCCCCGGUUACCGCACAUGUUGCCGAGGAGCGUGUCAUGGACUUCCAGGGCGGAGACGAUCGUGAUGAGGAGGACAAGUACAGCGGUGUUCGAAGACAAGACUUCCCUCCCCUGUCUGGUGGCCGAGAGAACAAGUACACGCCUCCUGCUCGGCGUGCUCCGGCUGCGCACUCUACCGUCAAGGGUGCUCCUGUAGACCCGGCUAUCAUCUCGUCUCAGCUGAAGGCACCCCCGCAGAAGCAAGCUGCGCAGACUGUGGCUGAUGUCAAGAGCCCCGUCCAGCAGACGAAGCCAUCGCCCGCACCUACCAGCACCACCGCGGACUCAAAGGUCGAGUCUAAGCCGGAUGUGAAGGUAGCGGAAGUCAAGGCUGUUAACGCAAAGGCUACCGAUAAGAGCGCGGCUCCGGCUCAGGCCGCGGUUAGUACUACAGCGACUGCACAGACCCUUAGCAGCAAGCAGCAGGGAAUUGAGCAAAGACUUCUAACUUCGUUCAAGGAAUUCGCAAACAUUCAACGCGGCAGUGCCUUGUCUGCUCAGAGGGCCAAGAACAAGGCAGACAAGGAGGUCAGAUUGAAUGACCUCAGAAAGUUCUAUCACGAAUUCAAGCUCUCAACCCCGGUGCCAUCUGACCUUAUUUCUAUCAUUGCCAAGGACCCGGCAAAGCAGAAGGAGAUCCAGGAGAAGGCGCUGAAGAACGCACAGGAAAUGGCCAGGAUCAAGGCUGAGCAGGCUGCUCUCAAGGCGAAGGAGGCCAAUGCCGCCAAGGAGGGUGCGAGCAAGACCACUACCGAGCAGACCAGCUCGACAACUACUACCACGGCCGAUACCCGUACCGCGUCGCGGCCGACUGCCCCUCAGCACUCUAGUUCAGCUGGUGGUGUUCCGAGCCGCCACCAGGGUCAGCGCAACUCUUACCAGCAUCCUCAGGCGGCUUAUCACCAGCCUUACACCCGCGGGAACCGCCCGCCUCCCCAUAUGUCCCAAAGCCAACAGACGGGCAACCUAUCUCAGCGCCUACGGAACGUGGAGCAGCACAAGAUGCAGCAUCCCCAUAUGGGACAGCAUCCUCAGGGUCCUGACAUGCGUCUCGCCCCCACUGGCCCUGCUAACAACGGAGACCCUUCCUUUGCUCGUCGCACCAGUGGUGUUCCACCGCCCACUAAGCAAUUCAACCCUCUGAUCCACGAGUUCAGACCUGGUGCCACCCCUUUCGCCCCUGCCUUUAGCCCCGCUGGACCGAGCCAAGCGUCAAGCCCCCGCGUGUCGGUUAACAACGUUGUCGUCGAGCCUGCGGGCGCUUCGGCUCUGCCUCCUGGAAAGCUGAUCAGGCGUAAGACCAAGGAUGUAGACCCCAAGAAGUGCAAUAUCUUGGCCUUCUUGGAGAAGGAAGAGAAGCCUUCCAUGCAAUCUCAUGCCGUGAGAUGGGAGGAGAACGGUGCCCUCCGUCCGGCCUACGAGACCCCGCCGACGUGGCGCCAGGCGGAUCCUCAGAACGAAAAGGCUGAUUCUACCAUGAACAUGACCUACACGGAAUACUUGGAGAAAUACCCGGUUCCGAGCACCGUCAACGCCACGCCCAACCCGUCUCAUGCACUUCCCCAGUUUCACCAUCAGCACCAGUUGCCUAUCCACAUGCAGCACGGCGCGCAGAAUCUUGCCCCGAGGCAGUCGCCUCACAUGCCUCCUAUGCCCAUGCAGCCUGGCCAGCAUGGACAUGCCCCUCAUGUCCCUUUUACAGCUCCUGACGACCACAGGAUGAUGCAUUCAAACUCCCAACAGUCGUUUGCAUCCCCUAGAAUGGGACAUGCGGCCAUGGUCUAUCCCCAGGGCACUCCUGGUCAGUUCCAGUACAGCCAGCCGAUGAUGCAGCCCUACAUGCCUGGCGGUGCGCCCCAGAUGGGACCAUUCCGCAGCUUCUCGAACAACCCCCAGUUCAUGCCCCAGCAGCAACAUCACAUGGGCGGUCCCGUUAUGAUGCAACCGCAGUUCAUCCCGGGGCCAAAUGGCGCCUUGAUGGCGGCUGGUCCUCAGGUCCAGAUGUAUCCUGGACAUCCACAGUUUAUCCCCGCGGGUGGUGUACCCCCUCAGCCCAUGAACGGGACGAACGGUUAUCCUAGCCCCGGACGCCCAGCAGCACCCAUGAUGGUGCACCAGGGUUCGCAGCAAGGACAGCCGGGUGUUUAUGGAAUGAGCCCUGCUGUUCAAUACCAGCAGCCUGCUUUUGUGGCUCAGCAACAGCCUCAGGGCAAGUUUCCUAACCAGCGGGCUCAAUGAGGGCGCGCUGGCCGCCAGUAUGUCACGUCAACUGGGUGACUGCAGUGGGAUCGCUGAUGGCCACUGCCUUGUCGAAUUAUGAACUGCUCCUUCGGGCUUGGCAGGAAUGAGGGUGUUAUGUCGGGCUUGAUGAGAGGAUGAAGUUACCAAGCCAGCCAUUCAAGUCGAGCCAGGUUGGUUGGCCAACCUUCUGUGAGCAAGCAGAAGGAUGCAAGGUGAUGUAUAGCGUCGCCUUGUUGAACAGUGGCUCGAGAGAUGCAACUCCGUCGGGUGAGUGGCAGGCAUGAGAAGAGAUUAACAACCCAACAACCAGAAAGGCAGUAUACGACAACUACCACCAUGAUUACAAUGCCUUUGCUUGCCUUUCAUUAAGCUACUGGAAGAAGCUCACAUGUGAGCGAACCAUCAACAAUCUCUUCUACAGCCAUUUGCAUAGUCCUUCCUUCACUUGAAAGUGUGCUUUACACAACGACCUUCGGCCACGCCAUUUUACCAUGCCACAUACACUUCUAUGAAUUACUGUUGGACUUGGUCCUCUUACUCCUUGCCAGGCUACAUGUUCUUGCCCGAGAGUGUAGCGGAGUCAAGUUCACACCACAAUUGGCUAUCCACAUCUAUUCAAUAAAGCAGCUUUCAGGUGACGGAUGGAGUACCAGGGGAGGUGAUGGACGGGUGGUCAUGAGAGACGAAGAAUAACGAGACCCAAAACGUCAGCAAACGGCUGGCUCUGACCCUCGCUGCUGAUGAAACUCAUCAAUACCGGGGUAAUACGUUCAUGAACAAGGAAGGAUACGAGUACAGUUUGUCUGCUGCUUUGGGGGCAAGUGGGCAGAUAGGCCGACAUCGAUAAAGUGUUGUAGGGGAAUUGCAGAGCAGGGAUAUUUUAUGUGAUUGGAGAUGCGAGAGUGAUGACUCGCAGAGGAUGAAGGAGAUAGAUACGUCUGGUAUCAAAGUACUGCCAGGCAUACAGCACACUAUGGCGUAGCAUAUAGCAAGCAAGCGAAUAAGCACGCUUUGGGGGGGUGGAAGGAAGCGGGGUGGUAAAGAGAGAACGGGAAGAAGAGGGGGAGGGGGGUUAGUGCUACAUAGCUAGCAUAGUAACAAUGAAGCGAGUAAGGUUA